GGAUAAUCGUUAGAUGGUUUGUUUGGAAAUGUCGCUUCAUUGUUCGAUAAUAAAGGCAUGGAGGAAAAAUUAUAUCUGAAAUUAUUCUUCAGUCGACAUUGAAUUGGUGCAUUGAUUGGACAUUGCGCACAGUCGAGUCAAACAGUGUGUGUGGUGUGUGGCGGAAGGCACUGACCAACCACUCUGCUGCUCGCUCUGGGCAGCGUUUGAGUGUGACAAGACAAGACGAGGCCGGAAGUUCGAGCUGCAUCGUCGACAGCAAGAUGAAUUCGCUACUUUCUGUAAACGAAUUAAGUAACAUGACCGCAAGUUCUUCAGUUAGCAUGUCGGGAUUGUCGGUAACUUCGACACAGUUUCAAGAUCAAGAUGACAAGACGGCUUGCGAGCAUAGAUUGUGUUUGAUUGGACAAGACACAGCCAACAAUCAGCAACUUCUACAAGCAUUAAAGACCCUAGGGUUACCAAUCCUAACAUCAGAGACUGGAAUGGAGAAUGUAAUGGAUCCAGAGGGAGUAGAGACACUGUUUAUAAUGACUGAGUUUGAAGGAUCAGUCUUUGACAACUUGAGGCGUAAUGGCUGCAGAAUUCUUGGUCCACCUGUCAUUUAUAAGUGUGCAGCUGAGAAUAAGCCUCCACCAUUCACUGGUCGCCCGUUAUACUGCCCUCAUAUGGCCCAGCUUGUUGUCUGCUUCACUGGUUUUCUUGAGGGUGAUGAAGUUAAGAGACUUGCUGAGUUGGUUCACCAUAUGGGAGGUGGUGUCCGCAAAGAUUUCACUGCCAAAGUGACCCAUCUGGUGGCUAAUGCAACAAGUAGCUACAAAUACAGGGGGGCAGUGAGUCUUGGUACUCCAAUCAUGACUAAGGAGUGGGUACACAGCUCAUGGCAGAACAGACAUAAUACAGAGUUGACUGCUACAAGUGAAACCAUGCUUCAGUAUAAGAUGGCACCAUUUUACCGAUGUGUACUUGCUUUCCUGGGCUUCUCAGAAGAGGAGAAGAAACUUAUGGAAGAAAUAACACAGACACAAGGAGGUACAUUUGCAGACAUUGGGGACCAGUCCUGCACCCAUUUAGUAAUCGAAGAGAACAGUGUUACUGAGUUGCCAAAUAGUAUAACACACACCAUGAAAAUGGUCAAACAAGAGUGGUUCUGGGCUUGUGUUAAGAUUGAUGCCUGUGCAGAUGAGUGUUUGUUUAAAUACGUAAGGAUAACAAAUACUCCAGAGGAAGCAUUAAACACACCAGGUAACACUCCAGUCAUUCGUGGAUCCCGUAAGAGACGACGAUUGAAGGAGAAGUUAGCCGUAUUGAGUCAAGAGAAUGAUGAUAUGGCAUCUCCUAGAAUGCCUUGUAAAAGAAGAUCUAGUACGAUGAAUGAUGCAGUCUUGUCAAUGUCUACUUCAAUGUUACUAGAUGCUACACCGGAUGAACCGCUUGCAUCAAAUGAUCUUGGUUCCCCAAUGCAAAUUGAUUCUACACCAGUCAUUAGGAAUACACCUACUCAACCUAUAUCCAAGAGACAUAUGACUGCUAUGGAGUUACUGCAGACAGAAACCAAUUAUGUGAGAAUACUACAGACUAUAAUAACGAUAUUCAAGGAUCCAUUGGAGACAGAGCAGACUGGAGGACCUAUCUUAGAUCAGGAAGAAAUUAAAACAAUCUUCAGUAAGAUUCCUGAGAUCUAUGAAGUGCAUCGACGUCUGUUGGAGGAUGUGGAGACAUUACUGGAAGAUUACAAUGAUGAGAAAAGCAUUGCACAGAUUAUUCUUAAGCAUUCUAAAGACAUGACCAAGGCCUAUCCACCCUUUGUAAACUUCUUUGAGUUAAGUAAGCAGACUAUCAAUGAUUGUGAGAAACAGAAACCAAGAUUCCAUGCUUUCCUGAAGAUUUGUCAUAGUAAGCCUGAGUGUUGUCGACAGACUUUGACUGAUUUACUGAUCCGUCCUGUGCAGAGGCUUCCUAGUAUGAUCCUCUUACUCUCUGAUUUACUGAAGAGAACUACUGAUGGUCAUGCUGAACAUGAGCAACUAACCCAAGCUGUUGAUUCACUCAGGAAAGUUACUGAACAUAUCAAUGAGGAUAAGAGAAAGACUGAAGGCCACACCCAGAUGUUUGAAGUCAUGAAUGAUAUUGAAGAUGUACCACCUCAUCUACUGUCUGCACAUCGUAGUUUCAUCAUGAGAGCUGAUAUGACAGAGAUUGGGGAUAAAGAAAAUGGCAAGGGAGAAAACUUCUCAGAAAAAGGAGGCAGUAUUAGUAUGUUCCUGUUCUCAGAUACAUUAGAGAUAUGUAAGCGUCGUGGCAAGCCAGUGAGUUCUUUUAAGAGUCCACACAGUAACAAGAUACCAACACAGAAAUUCUACAAGCACAUUGAGCUUGUUCCUCUGUCACACAUUAGAAGGAUUCUUGAUGUACAGGAAACAGAAGAAUGUAAAAACACUUUUGCCAUCUUAUGCAAGCCACCUAUGGACACUACAGACAGACUAGAUCGGUUGUAUUUAUUCACCCUAAUCAGGGAGGAGCCUAGUAAGGAGGCGUGGCUCAAGACAUUGUGUAAACAUAUGGCAGAUGUUACUUGCAAGACGGAUGCUGAUAACUUCUUGACCAAGAUAUCUCCAGAUGAGCUAGAAAUAACCAAGAGUGAUUUUGACAAAGGCAAACUGAAUAAAGCCAUGAGGAGAGCAAGAAGAGCUACCCGUAAAGUAGGAAGAACCUUCUCCUUUAAUAAGACACCACGUAGGACCCUACAACGUGCAGCAUCUACAGCUACAUUAAACAUGAGUCCUAUGGUUACCAGUACAGACAAACCUCAUCCAGCUGAACACAUGGAUUUGACUGGUGCCCGACUAGCGAGUACAUCCUCUCUACAAAUGAAGACGACAUCCCCUCUGGCUACUCGCCCACCAUGUACGCCUAGUAAGCUCAAGAGUGUAACAUAUGGUUCAUCUAGUGCUAGCUGGCUAUGAUGCAAUCACAGCCACAUACUGAAAUAGGAUGGCAGAAUACAAACACUGCAACUACAUCUCCUGCAUGUAGUUUGAAGACGUCUGAACCUGAAACCUGAUUAAGUCAUUUUAUCCUCACUAAAGGUGGUGUUGUGAGUUAUAGAUAAUCUGUGAUGAAGUAAUUGUUCUAACUUAGUUUUUUUGGUCUCAGUUUAGCUUGUUACAGAACGACAAUAAUUUUCCUGCAGUUUUUGUAUAGAUCUAUCUCUGAAUGAGUUUUAUAAGAAGCACAUAUGACACUCCUGACACUUUUAAUAUGCACGUGGGGAAUAUAUUGAGUUCUAAUCUUCAUGUAUAUUUUCUUUCCUUGUACUAUCAAAUUAAAGAGUUCCUGAUGCAAGCUUGAAGUAACCCAAAAUGUGUACAACUUUAUGUUAAACAAGGAAUCAAUGUCAGGUUAGCUUCUUUUGUGGCUUCUACAAUACAUCAUUUUGAUAAGGAAGUCCUUACUCCAUGCAGGUUAUAUAUUUGCCUAGUUGUGCUGUAUGGACUAAGCCUGGGCGACUAGUGUCGACUAUUGAUUGCUUAGUCGAGUCGCGACUACCGUUAUUCAACUACUCAGUUAACCGUGCUGCCACAACUACUGCAAAAGUAGUGAGAACUAUCUGUUUGGUGAACCAUUUGUGUCGCUUAUGACUAUUCAUGACCACAUAAUUUACUUACGAAACAGAAUCAGACAUCAGUGACACAAUCCUUCAAUCCUUUCAGCACAAAUUUUACUAUAUUGUGGCUCAGGGAACAAUAUGCUGCGAUGCAUUUUGGUAGUUAGUCGCAAAUAGUGUCGAAGUUGCAACUAUUUGAAGCGCGACUUGUCAAGUAGUACAUUUCACUAGUCGCCCAGACCUAGUUUGGACCACUGUCCUCAACAGGGGAGGCUUCCUGUGUCCAUCAAUCAGCAACUUCUACAGGGCGAGUCAAAAAGAAGUUGACCGGGAUUGGUGGGUGUUUAAUAAAUGACACUCAAAAGUUUAGUAAAGCAACAAGCACUCUCUUCUGCUUAGUAGAAGAAAAUAAAUGAAAGAAAAUGAUCAUUCCUAAGAAGAGUUAUGUCUUAUUAAAUAAAGGUACUCAUUUUGCAAGCUGUUCACGGACAAAACAAAUAUAUAACUUUUUUUUAUAUUCUAACUGCUACCUACUCGGAGGUUUAGAUUCAGUCUAGUAUUAUCUUUUCAUGGUCGGCUACAAACAUGAGUGCUUUCAGUAAAACAGGCAUAACUUCUCUCAAAAAUUAUCAGUUUUUUUUUAAUUCUUUUUUUCAGAGAAGGAAGAAAUGCUUGUUUUAUGAAAUUCACUGGGGUUUUGAGUGUCCGUUGUUGUUUUGUUUUUAAAUCAUACAUCUCAGUCAACUUCUUUUUGACUUGCCGUUUAUAUACCACAAGUGGAUUAUAUAUUAAUAGCUACUUGCCAAGCACAAACCACAUGACAUCAAGGCUUCUUGUGGCGCAAACAUUUAUGCGGUUUUCACAAUGAGACUUGUGUCAUUUUACCUUCUUUCUGUACAAACAAAGUUAAUUUAACAUCUAUUAAAAAGUUAAUGUAAUUGACGUAUUAAUCUGAAUAUUUUAUCAAUACACUAUUAACAUAUAAUUGUAAGGAACUUUCUAUAUGAGUAACAAGAACUAGAUCAAGGGAACUGGACAAAUGUUUCUAUAAAUAGUUGGUCAGAGUUGGCUUUUAUAGAGUCUGUGUGUUAGCAAUAACUCCUGGUUCACUUGCAAUGAAAACUUUACAGGAUACAUUAAAUGCUGAAAGCAUUGGUUUAAUAAUAACACAAUCAGCCUCAAAUGGACCGUAUGGAAUUGGUGAGCUUUGCCUCAUACAAAGCAUCUGUCAUGUACAUGUGAUGUAAUUACCACAUCAGGAAUUGGGAUCAAUUAAAGGCACUGGACACCUAUGGUAUUGUUUAUCCCAACAUAUUCAUCCAAAUAACAAAUCUGUGAACA